AUGAGAGUUACGGUGUCAUGCUCUUGUCAGCUUGAUUCCAUUUUGCAUCCACCGCAUCUCGAUUCCGAAGGUACGGCGUUGCUGUGCCACAAUCUCAGACUUAAUGCCUUGCAGUGUCUUGCAGAAAGAUAUUUCAGCAUUCCAGACACAAGGUCAUGGGAUUUGGCAGGGAAAGCCGUGGAUUUAGAUCUGCAGGCUGUCGUCGUUGAUGAUCGAGGAUGUAUUGUCGAUGCAGUGUACUACAACAACAUGAAGGCAAUAAAAGGGUGCAUCACGCACUCCGGCGAUGAACAAUCCGGUCAGAAGGACGGCCUCGACGAGAUUAUCUGGGUGAAUCUGCCCAAACUGCCUGACAACAUAAGGUUGCUGAUCUUCGUAGUUGCCGCGUUUAGCGGCGGCAGCUUGCGUGAUGCGCAGAACGGGAAGCUACAUGUUCUGGAAGGAAACAAAGACUCCGAGGUGGCUCGAUUUCCGCUGGAACAAAGCAUCCACGAAGUAGAUGCAGUUGCAUCCAUCCUCCGAAAGGACAGCGGAUGGCAAUUGCAGAUAAUCGAUGAGCCCGCGAGAGAAGGCCGACACUUCAUUGACAUACUCGAACCGGUUCUGGGGAACAUCAUUCGUGGUGCCAUUCCGGGUGCUCCCAAGCGUCAAAAAGUUGCUUUCGCCAUGGAGAAGGCAUCUGUGGUUGACUUGCCGCAGGCUGCAUCCUGCGGAGCAGUGCAAGCAUGCUUAGGGUGGGACGUAUGUCCAGAUGCGGGUGUCGACGUUGAUCUGGACGUGUCUGCAGUUGUUGUUGGCAGUGACGGAUGUGUCAAAGGUGCCGUUUUCUUCGGUGAGCUGCAGGGUUGGGCUUUGACGCACAGCGGAGACAACCUCACUGGAGAGGGCGAUGGAGACGACGAGGUCAUCACUGCCAAUCUUCAAGACAUCCCUGUCGACAUUCACCAGAUCGUUUUCAUAGUCAAUGUUUACACGCGCGGUGUGACCUUUGAGAAGGUGUCUAAUGCGUAUUGCCGCAUCUUGGACUCAUCCGGUGAGGAGAUGGCACGCUAUGUGUUGCGGGAGGGUCGUGGUGAGCGAGGGCUGAUCAUGGCCAGACUGUUCAGGGAGAAUGGAGCGGGCGAGCGGUGGGGCUUCCAGGCGCUGGGCAGCUUCUGUCGGGGUCAAACGUGGAAAGAUUCGGUCCCUGAAAUCCAAGCACUUGCCAAAAAGAGCGCACGCGAGCUGCAGAUGCGUUCUGGCACCAUGAGCUUCGCGCAGGAGUCGAGCAGUGAGGCCGCCAUUUUCGCAAGUCCGAUUCAAGAGGAAAGUUCGCCAAAGUCUGGAGCUUGCCAUGUCAUGUAG